CCUGAAGAGGGUGGCAUGGGUGGUCAUUAAUGACACGAUUAAAAACCACGGAAAACUCCCACGUGUCUGCACCCUCAGUGCUGGUGGCGGUGCAGUGAGGGCCAGCGUGGGCCUUUCUGGCCACACAUCUUAGUGCCCGACAUGGCCACGGCGUCCCACGUGAGACGGCCAGAUCGCAGGCUGCUGUGGCAGUCCGGCUCGGCGAUGAUGCAGGGGUGUGAACACCUUUUCACCGGAGGGGAGAUUGUUCCAGGUGGAAUAUGCCAUUGAGGCCAUAAAGCUUGGUUCCACAGCCAUUGGGAUCCAGACAUCAGAGGGUGUUUGCCUGGCUGUGGAGAAAAGAAUCACGUCUCCGCUUAUGGAACCUAGCAGUAUUGAGAAAAUUGUAGAAAUAGAUUCUCAUAUAGGAUGUGCUAUGAGUGGAUUAAUAGCUGAUGCAAAGACUUUAAUUGACAAAGCAAGAGUGGAGACACAGAAUCACUGGUUUACAUAUAAUGAAAUCAUGACGGUGGAGAGUGUGACACAAGCUGUGUCGAACCUAGCCCUGCAGUUUGGAGAGGAGGAUGCUGAUCCAGGUGCUAUGUCUCGUCCAUUUGGUGUAGCGCUGCUGUUUGGAGGUGUUGAUGAAAAAGGACCCCAGCUGUUUCACAUGGAUCCUUCAGGGACAUUUGUACAGUGUGAUGCAAGAGCAAUUGGGUCUGCCUCAGAAGGUGCACAGAGCUCUCUGCAAGAGGUUUACCACAAGUCAAUGACACUGAAAGAAGCAAUCAAGUCUUCUCUCAUCAUCCUAAAACAAGUCAUGGAAGAGAAACUGAAUGCAACUAAUAUUGAGCUGGCAACAGUGGAACCUGGAAUGAAAUUUCACAUGUACACGAAAGAAGAGCUUGAAGAAGUCAUCAAGGAUAUUUGAAAAACAAGGAGCUAUAGAGAAAGAGAGACUCCCUCAAAUGCCUCAUUCCCUGAUCAAAGUGAACUGACUUCUUUCAGUUCCUUCCAGUGCCCAUGAUUUUAUUUCCAGCAACAUAUCUGCUUGCUCUUCCUAGAAGGCUCUUAAGGUUUUUUUACCGUUUCUGUACAUAAACGAUCUACAAUAAGAGGAAAUGAGAAUAAAUCCUUUUGUUACUCUA